AAACUAUCUAGUUGACACAUUUUCAUACCACAAAUAUUGGACUUAAAGGACUCACUGUAUGAACUUUUGCGCUACUACUCUUGAUUUGAAAGAGUCUGACGUUUUUCCCGUGCCAUGUUUUUCUGGUCGUGAUGUUUGCAGUAUUGGUUGCUGGAAGACCAGUACAAACAAGUUUUAAUAACGUAUCGGAGUCUCAGUUUCUUCUGGAUUUACUACCCUUAAAUGAUGUAAAUCAUAUUGUCGUGUUUCUAACAGGAGAAACUGUCUUUCCGCCAAAUAUGGGUGGUGGGGUUUAUCUGGGGAUUCAGGAAAAUGGGGUUCCUAACUGGUACUUUCUUGGUGUUAUAACGAACGAGAAGCCUAGCGCAAUAUAUAAAGUCGGUAAACUUGCUAAAAAUGCACAACUUCAAAAUGUUAUACACCCAUUUGGCACUAAUGCCUCUUUUCAAUACUCAAAUGGAGUUGUACCUGCUCAGAUUGGAAUUUCUGUUGAUCUUUUAACAAAUUUGCCACAACAAACAGAAGAGAUCACUCCUGAAUCAUCAGUUUCUGCUGAUAGGAUGACUCAGUUCACUCGAUUCGCAGCUGAAAGUUUAUUUAAUUAUGUUGCUAGUUUUGCACGUGAUAAUUCAACAUCUGAUCCUCUUGUACCAAUGUCAGCAAUUAAAGGAUGGUUUGAUACAAUGUUACAGAAACUCUCCCUUGAUGCAUCGUUUUGGCGAAAGUGAACAACGUUAUACAUUUACUACGCCUCGUUAUUUGUUUGAACUAACUUAUCCAUCAAAAUAGAACGCAUUAAACAAUCUACUGUGUACAAAUUAUAAUUCUAACCCAGUAAUGUAAUAGCAUUUAGUUGGUUACUUUUUUAAUAGAUAUUAAUAAAUAAACUAUUGCUACUGAUUAA